AGGCACUACCGUUCACGUGGUAGGAGCAAAUGAAAAAUAGAGGAGGCAUGGGCCGCCAUUGGCCCGUGAAUAUCUUUUAUUUGCCCACGGUUUUGCUCGCAGUCUCCACUUUUUGUCAACGCUCACUCUAUAAAGUGUUUCAGCACACCAAUCAAAUCCCUUUCUCUCCCAUUUUUUACACCUACAAAAUCUCUCCUUUUUCUCUCUCUUACUUAAACAGUACAAAUCCCUUGAAACUAGACCUUUUUUUUUUUGUAAAAUUUAAACUAUUUUAUUUUUUGCAUGAGAAUUUUCUGAGAUUUCUAAGGUGAUAUUGUUGCUGAAUGCUGUUGCUUGGAUCAGAUGUGAGGUUUCGGAGUUCUAAUGCCCGGUGAAUUUCUGUUAGUGUGAAAUUGAUUAAAAGAUGGAGUCAUGUGACUGCAUUUAUCCACUGUGGCAAGAUGAACUCCUAGUGAAAUACCAAUAUCUAUCGGACAUUUUUAUUGCCCUAGCAUAUUUCUCCAUCCCUUUGGAGCUGAUUUAUUUUGUACAGAAGUCAGCAUUCUUCCCAUAUAGAUGGGUGCUCAUGCAAUUUGGUGCAUUCAUUGUUCUAUGCGGGGCGACACAUCUUAUAAAUUUGUGGACAUUCUCUAUGCACACAAAAACAGUUGCUAUAGUGAUGACCAUUGCGAAAAUGUCUACUGCUGCUGUAUCAUGUGUAACAGCUUUGAUGCUUGUUCAUAUUAUUCCUGACUUAUUAAGUGUAAAAACAAGGGAAAUGUUUCUGAGGAAUAGGGCUGAGGAGCUUGACAGGGAGAUGGGUCUUAUCCUUACCCAAGAAGAAACCGGAAGGCAUGUUAGAAUGCUAACUCAUGAGAUCAGAAGCACACUUGAUAGACACACAAUUCUGAAAACUACUCUUGUUGAGUUGGGUCGGACACUUGAUCUAGAAGAGUGUACAUUAUGGAUGCCAUCACAAACUGGCAUGACUAUGAGACUUUCUCACACUUUGAACCACUCAAUGGUAGUUGGAUCUACUGUUUCAAUUAAUCUUCCUUUUAUUGCUGAAAUUUUCAACAACAGUGGAGCAGUGAGAAUACCACAUUCAUGUCCACUAGUGAGGACUAGGCCAGCUGCAGGAAGAUAUGCUCCCCCUGAUGUUGUUGCUGUUCGGGUUCCUCUUUUACAUCAUUCAAAUUUCCAAAUUAAUGACUGGCCAGAUGUCUCAGCUAAAACCUAUGCGGUGAUGGUUCUGGUUUCCCCCACUGAUGGAGUUAGGAAAUUUCGGGAUCAUGAGCUGGAGCUAGUCGAAGUUGUUGCAGACCAGGUAGCUGUUGCUCUUUCUCACGCUGCUAUUUUGGAAGAAUCUAUGAGAGCUCGUGAUCAGCUUAUGGAACAGAAUGUUGCUUUGGAUUUGGCUCGACGAGAGGCUGAGAUGGCAAUUCGUGCUCGUAAUGAUUUCCUGGCAGUGAUGAACCAUGAGAUGAGGAUACCGAUGCAUGCUAUAAUCGCCUUAUCAUCUAUUCUUUUGGGGACUGAGUUAACACCUGAACAGAGAGUAAUGUUAGAAAUUAUACUCAAGAGUAGCAACCUGUUGUCGACAUUGAUAAGUGAUGUGCUUGAUCUUUCUAAACUAGAAGACGGUAGCUUAGAGUUGGACACUGCCACAUUCAACCUUCAUGGGGUUUUCAGAGAGGUGAUUCAUUUGAUAAAGCCUGUUGCAUCCAUAAAGAAGUUAUCCCUGACAUUCGGCCUGGCUCCAGAGGUGCCUGUUUGUGCCUUCGGCGAUGAAAAGCGGCUGAUGCAAACAAUUUUGAAUGUUGUUGGUAAUGCAGUAAAAUUUACAAAGGAAGGUUAUAUUUCAGUUACUGCAUCGGUUGCUAGACCAGAAUCUUUGAGAGAUUGGCGAGCUUCCGACUUUUACCCUGUCAUGGGUGAUGGUCACUUCUAUUUGAGAGUGCAGGUUAAAGAUUCAGGAUGUGGUAUUAACCCGCAGGAUCUUCCUCUACUAUUCAAUAAGUUUACUCAGUUCAACAGAAACAGCGGUGGUGUUGGUAUUGGACUUGCUAUCUGUAAAAGGUUUGUAAGUCUGAUGGGUGGUCAAAUUUGGGUUGAAAGCGAAGGCCCGGAAAAGGGAACCAUAGCAACAUUUCUUGUCAAACUUGGGAUGUGCAAUAAUCCAAGUGAUGCCUUAGUUCAACAGGUUGUACUUGAAGGGCACACAGAGCAAGGGAGUACAGAGUAUUUAGCCAAUAAUGAUGGCAUCAAUUCAACCUUUCCAUACUACGAAAGAAGUUUCUGAAGAUUUACUUGACUGCUACUGCUGCUGUGUCUGCUUCUUCUCUGUCCCAGUAGUUACAUGUUGUGAGAAUUACAAGAAGAUGAACCAAUUUUAUACAACUACCGUGACACUAAGAAAAGAGGUGGUUAUGCAGAUGUCUGUGACCAAACUAUGCCCCCUUAAUUGCCUGAGGGGAAAGGAUGACCAAGAUACUUAACAGAGGGCGUUGUCCACAUAUUGUACAUGUUGCAGACUUACAGCAGGGAGCAGCUUCAUUAAAUCGUUACAUAGAAAUUAUUAUACUAGGCAUCUGAACUGGGGAAUAAAACCACGAACCAGAUGUACAGUAUUGAAAUCCAAAACACUAGUCUUCUUGCUUUUCUUAUUCAGAAGUUGGAAUUUCGGGGAGAGGGAGGAAGGUGGUUAUGGGGUUAAAUCUACCCUAUAGAUAUAUAUGGGCAUGGAAGAAUUUGUUUUCCAUAUCUAUUCCGACACAUUGUUAGAGCUCUGCAAUAUAUACAUAUAUAUCAUUGGUUCUCGGUCAUUUGCA